GUCUGUUUCUAAGCGCCACCCCGCCCAUUCGCGUUAGUUCGCGCUAGUCGCGGUCGCUAAACAACGUCCAGUCGCAGUCUUGUUUGUUCCAUGCUAACGUAGAGCUCGAAGUAGUGCUGCGAGACAAUUUCGCUAGAAUCACAUUCUGUCGCAGACCAUAAAUUGAUCCAAUUUCGCCGAGUUAAUCAAUUCAUUACUUCAUACUUUGCGGUGCUGUUGAAUACGGUUGUGACUUACUUUUUUUGGAACCUGAAACCACGCAAGCACAAUGUUGCUAUCCAGGCAACUGAUUUGCAAAAAUGCAUUGAGCAAAGGGUACCCGGGAGAGUUUGUAGCAUCGUACUCAAGUUUAGCAAAGCCGGAAAGAGCAGCUCAGAAAUCAUUUCGUGAGGUUCUUCAGACACAACUAAAUGACAUUGAGAAAGCUGGAACAUACAAAAAAGAACGCAUCAUCGUUUCACCUCAGGCGACCGCUAUCAGCGUGGAUGGCUCUGAGGGGAAAAUUCUCAAUUUUUGCGCCAAUAAUUAUCUCGGAUUGGCUUCCAAUGACGACGUGGUCAACUUUAGCAAAAAAGCCUUAGACGAGUAUGGAGCUGGCCUAAGCUCAGUGCGCUUCAUCUGCGGUACACAAAAUAUUCACAAACAGCUGGAGGCGAAACUGUCCGCAUUUCACCAGCGAGAGGACACCAUUCUGUAUGCGUCCUGUUUCGACGCCAACGCUGGCAUUUUUGAAGCUGUUCUUAGUCCUGAGGAUGCAGUUUUCUCAGACGAACUCAAUCACGCUUCUAUUAUCGACGGGAUUCGAUUGUGUAAGGCUAAAAAGGACAGGUAUCUUCAUCGCGAUAUGAAAGAUUUGGAAGAGAAAUUAAAAUCCUCGGAUGCUAGAAUCAAAAUGAUCGUAACGGAUGGCGUUUUCUCGAUGGAUGGCAAUGUGGCUCCAUUACCGGAGAUAUUUCAGCUAGCGGAUAAGUACAAUGCCCUGACAUUCGUUGACGAUUGUCACGCGACUGGAUUUUUUGGACCUUCCGGGCGAGGAACCGAGGAGUUUUACGGAAUGUGGGGUCGAUGCGAUAUCAUAAAUUCGACGCUGGGUAAAGCUCUUGGAGGGGCAGCCGGAGGGUACACGACUGGCCCCAAAGAGCUAAUUGAUCUGCUGCGACAACGAUCUCGUCCGUAUUUGUUUUCAAAUUCAUUACCACCACCAGUCGUGGCCAGUGGGAUGCGGGUUAUCGAGAUGCUGAUGGAAUCCAACCAGCUAACUGCACGUGUUCAAAGCAACACUAGACGAUUCCGAACGGCCAUGACCAAGGCAGGAUUUACCAUCUCUGGUAUGGAUCACCCCAUUAGUCCGGUGAUGCUAGGCGAUGCCCGACUAGCAUCGGUGUUCGCGGAUGAAAUGCUCAAGCGAGGAAUCUAUGUGAUUGGAUUCAGUUAUCCAGUAGUUCCGAAAGGUAAAGCUCGCAUUCGUGUGCAACUUUCUGCAGCACACACUGAUGAGGAAAUUGAUCGAGCCGUGAGUGCCUUUAUUGAAGUAGGCAAGCAGUUGAGUGUAAUUCCGUAGACAUGAAAAUAUAUUUAUUGGGUCGAUUACUGAGGAACCUCUGGCGUAUUUUUCAGCUAUACUUUGUAUACCAUUUUGUCGUUCAGUGUUUCAUAACAACCUAAUUUUUAUACGUAAUAAUUCAAAAACCAAAGU